CGUUCGCGGCCCGGCCUGGGUGCUGGGUGCCGGCCACCAGCAGGCCAGGCUCCGAGAUGGCCUCCCAGCCGCCGUGCGCCCCCUGCUCCCCAGAAUGCCUGGACGAGGACGGGAAGACAGUGUCCCAGCUCCGUAGCGUGCAGCUGCCCUCCAUCCUCUCUAGCGACCUUGAGCAACUGUUCCAUAAACUGCCCGAUGUGGCUCUGAUCAGGGCCUAUGGCCGCUUCAGGCUGUCGACGUUGGAGGCACACCAGGACCCGCUGCUGGCUCCCUUUGACCCCCUGGAGGUCAGCAAGGACUCACCACCACCCCAGGAGCACCCGAAGCCUGAGAAGAAGUUCUGGGGCGACCAGGAAACCCUCUCCAAGAUCCCGUUUAAAGUUCUGAGGGGACAUGAGGACCUUGUGAGCUCCUGUAACUUCUGUGUGGGUGACACGAAGCUCCUCAGUGGCUCUUAUGACUGCACUCUAAAGCUGUGGGAUGCUGUGGAUGGCUCAGUCAUUCGGGAUUUUGAGGAGAGGCCCAAAGCUCCUGUUCUAGAGUGCAGCGUGACGGCUGACAGCAGAAGAACCCAUAGCCAUAACGGUCUGGGUCAUUUUCUUGGCAGAAUUAUCACAGCGUCCUAUGACAAAGCGGUGAGGGCUUGGGACCUUGAGACAGGCAAGCUCCUGUGGAAGAUCAAUCACGAAACCUUCAUAGCCUCCUGUAAGGUUUCUCCUGAUGGCAAAUAUGUGGUCUCGGCCUUGGAUGUGGACCGCGCGAUCUGUAUAACAGAUGCAGAAAAUGCCACCACCGUGUCGCACAUCAAAAAUCAUCACAACCGGUCCCUCACAGCGUGCUGCUUUGACCCCGACAGCCAGAAGGUGGCUUCCGUCUCGCUGGACAAAAGCAUCAAGAUCUGGGAUAUUACAUCCCAGGCCACGCUGCUCACCAUCACCAAGGCGCAUUCCAGUGCAAUCUCAAACUGCUGUUUUACCUUCAGUGGCCAUUUCCUGUGUACAAGCUCUUGGGAUAAAACCUUAAAAAUAUGGAACGUCCAUACAGGGGAGUUUCGGAACUGUGGAGCCUGUGUGACUCUGAUGAAGGGCCAUGAAGGUUCUGUGAGCUCCUGCCACUUUUCCAGAGACACCUCUUUUCUCGUGUCUGGAGGGUUCGACAGGACUGUGGCUAUCUGGGAUGUAGGAGAAGGCUACCGGAAGCUCUCCUUGAAGGGCCACAGUGACUGGGUGACAGACGUUGCCAUUAGCAACAACAAGAAAUGGGUCCUGUCUGCUUCAAAGGACAAAACCAUGAGACUAUGGAAUAUUGAAGAAAUUGACCAAAUUCCUUUGGUAAUCGAGUACAAAAAUGCCCUGGGCUUAAAGGUGAAACAGUGUGAAGUAUGUGACAGGCCUUUCUCCAACUACGAAAGUGACAUCUUUUCUGAAACAGUCACCCAAUGUGUGUUCUGCCGGAUGGAUGCCAAAGACUCGUCAACAGAAGCCUCAUCAUUAUCAGGAGGGGAAGACUCACUGUCACAGGAGGGCAGUCUGGGCACAGAUGACUGAUGGCCACUGGGCUUGCUGACUGACUUGAGCACGUCACCUGUGACGCAGGUUUUUCUCUAGGGCCGGACCCUGGCCGGGACGGCAUGUCAAACUGGGGCAAGGGCACGGCCUCAGCUCCACAGCACCCUUGGGGAUCAAACACUGUUUUUAGUUUUCAUGCAGAAUAAAUCUAGAUUCCUUUAGAAAACAAGCGGGCAUGUGAAUUCUAGAAGUAUUUUGGCUACUUCUAAGCUUUCUGUCUUUGUGUUCAUUCUGUCUCCUUUUAGGAUCACAUUCUGGAUUCUGCUGUUGCCCUGUGGGGGCAGCCAGGCCAGCACACGCAGCUCCUGAGCAAAGCUUUGUCAAAUGAACAGCAAGAUGUGUGGGGACCCCUCUGCGGAGGAGGCUGUUGUGUGGCAAGGCCCUGUGGGUGCCUCCCUGGCUAAUGCUCCCAGAUGGCCAUCAACCCAGGGCAGAGGAAGGUCUGGUUAGGCAGGUGGGUGGAAGGCAUUGCCAUCACAGAAGGUUUCAUGCUCUCUACCCCAGACUUUUCCAUUUCCAGAAUGCCCAGGCAGAUGUACAGCCCUCUUCCUGCUUCCACAGUGCACCACACACUCCAUCAAUCAGUUACUUCAGAAGGCACAAAGGUUUCGGUUCACAGUAAGGGCUCCCUUUCCCAUCUGGUAUGGUUCUCGUGAUUUCUGUCAAUCAUGAGUACGCCCCUUGGUUUCUUUUAAAAAACUUAAUUCCGGGCCUGAUUUAUUUAGUGUCUGACCUGCAUCCGAGAUCUCUGGAGCACCAUAACCCGGUGGCCAUUAUUUGGGCAGGUCCUGGGCUCGGUUCUGCCCUCCUCAGUCACAACCCCGGUGACUGGUCCGACUGGAGCUGGCUGUUCAGGAUGUCUUCAUUUAUUCGCAUCAGUGAUGUACGAACAUGCCAGACCUCCGCUCUGUGCCCUCCCAGCAACUGGGCUUUCAAAGAGAAGUCCCAUCGCUAAGCAGUACCCCCCGCGUCCUGCUGUGGGGCACGGCCAGGCCGCAGGUGCCAACAGGGCCCCACUGAUGGGCACAUAGGUUGUUUCUCGGGUUUUGCUAUUACAGGUAAUACCGGAGUGACUCUUCCUGUGCCUACGUACUUGCAGGGACUUACAUUUCUGUGGAUGAGGCUCUCCCACCGGAGGCCCCGCUGGGCGAACGGGGUGAGCAGUGUUUGGUUUUGUUGUUGCUCGCAGGCCCCUCUAACAAGUGUCGGGACGAGGAGGCUGCGGUGUCCGGGAGAGGAGACCCAGGAGCAGCAGGCGGGAAGCCUGGGUGGGGAGGGCCCCGCUUGCUCCCGCAGCACAAACCUCCCCACGUGCGGCGUCGGGA